GUGGGGAUAGACGAGGCAAAGCCACAAUGAAUUUUGUUGCUGCUGCUGUUGCUGUUUGUUGUAUGUAUGUAUGUAUGUAUGUUUGGUGGUGGUGGUGUUGUUGUUGUUGGCACUCGGUGAAGAUAGCUCACACGGAGGCCCAGAGCGUCGGAGCAUUAAUUGUGUGCGAUUCCGGGCGCCGGGGUGCAGUGGGAAGGGGCAGCGCAGGCGGAGGUUUUCUUUUUGGUUAUUUUAUUUUUAUUUGAUUUUUCGGUUUUCGGGUUCUGGUUUGGUUUUGUUCCUCUGUUCUUCGUUCGUCAUCCUCGUCGCGUGACUUGGUUUUGGUAGGAUGGGAGGGAUUAAGGAAAGGGGGAUAGCAGUGGAGGAGGCGAGGGGGUGAGUUUACUUGGAGUGGCGGUGGAGGUGGAUGUGAUGGAAUCGACGACUGCAGGAAUUCAUGUCACGGUGUUGGUUCAAUGAGCAGGAAUUGGGAAAGAGGGAUCUUAGCUUUCUAUUGGAUUGCGUGGUGGUUGGUGGAGGGACGCGGAGGAGAGGGCGAUCCAACCCUAAGGGAGCAGGGUGUGUGGGAAGAGUAGGUUGUGCGGGAGAUGUGCCACAUGAUGGACGAUGUUUUGUGGAUAAAUUGGAUUUUGGUAGAUUAGGAUGGAUACAUGAGGAGGACGGGGAAAGGAUGAGGGAGGAGUCGGUGUUGCAAGGGGCUGUGCGACGAAGUAGUGGUUGUGCUGCGGAGACGGCAGGUGUGUUCCGCGUGCCAAUGGUCGAUUGAAGAUGGUGAAUCGGCCGUUGGUGACUGUUGACGUGUAGCAAGCGCACAUCGUUCUUGAGUUUGGUGCAGGGACGCAGCAUGAGGCAGUUUUUCAGUCCUGAUGGCAACAUGUUCGGCCAUAUCAUUGGCCGAUCUCUUAAUUACUCGCAGGUUCCGUAUCCAGUUUUGCCGCAGUACUCUAUGCGUGCACUGCAAAUGCACUCCUCCCUGGUGCAGCGAUUGGAUCUUGAGAAGGUGAUGGAGGGUCAUAUUGGUUGUGUGAAUACUAUUGCGUGGAACGCAAGUGGUUCUCUUCUCAUCUCUGGAUCAGACGACACCAAGGUGAACAUUUGGGAUUACGGAAGUCGAAAGCUCAUUCACAGCAUUGACACGGGUCACUCCGCCAACAUAUUUUGUACAAAAUUCAUGCCCGAAACUGGUGACGAUGUUGUAGUUUCUGGGGCAGGUGAUGCUGAGGUCAGAGUGCACCGGGUUAGCAUGUCGUCGGCAUCUGUUUCUUUGCCACACAAGAUGGGUCUAUUUCGAUGCCAUACAAGACGGGUGAAGAAGUUGGCGGUUGAAGAUGGAAAUCCACACGUUGUGUGGAGCGCAAGCGAAGACGGUACACUUAGGCAGCAUGAUUUCAGAGAGGGAGUUCUCUGUCCUCCUCCAGGCUCUGGGGAUGAAGAUUGUCGAAACAUUCUCUUGGACCUACGCAGUGGUCACAAGAAAUCGCUCUCAGAUCCUCCUAGGAAUUGCCUGCACCUGAAAACUUGUGCUAUUAAUCCCACUCGGCCUCAUCUGUUGAUGAUUGGAGGCAGCGAUGCAUUUGCUCGGUUGUACGACCGCCGCAUGCUUCCUCCCCCUUCUUCACCUAGGCAGCUGGGCAAACCCCCUUCUUGCGUCAGCUACUUUUGCCCAGCUCACUUGUCAGAGCACAGUCGAUCAGGACUUCAUUUGACACAUGUGACGUUUAGUCCAAAUGGUCAGGAGGUGCUGCUAAGCUAUAGUGGUGAGCAUGUUUAUUUAUUCGACGCUAAUAACGGCCGUGAAAAUCCUGAUGUCUAUGUGGCGAGUGAUGUACCCAAGAGAACAUCGCUCAAUCUAAUCGACGUCAACCCUAGUACUGUUCAUUCACCCCAUUUGGUCAAAUUGGGGCGUGGGUACCGGCGCAACGCUACUUGGUUGAAAGAGUGCCAAGAGCUAGUGGAGGAAGCCAAAAAUGUUUUGGAAGAAGGAAGUAAUUACAUAUAUGUAAUUGAGGCAACUGGAGAAGUAUUACAUGGGGGAGGCCAGGUGGUGGGUGACAAUCUUCGUCAUGAUGCCCUUUGCAUACGAGCUGCUGCGUUCCUAAAGCGUCAGUGGAAAAAUGAUGUUCAUAUGGCAAUUAGAGAUUUGAAUGAUGCUCGUCACAUUCUUGCUACUUCCAGCAGGGCUCACCACUAUAUGGCAGAGGCACUUUCACAGCUUGGAAGAUAUAAAGAAGCCCUGGAUUUUGCUAUGAGGUCAUACCAACUGGAUUCAUCUGAUAACAGGCUAUUUGAACAUGUUGCGCAGCUUCGUGCCAAGAUCAAUGCAGAGGAGGCAAGUAUGAAUAGAGGUAGCGAUUCCGACUCUAGAUUGGAACAGAAAGUUUCCAGAAUUCGAUCAAUCAGCGAUUUUCUGCUUCGGACAGAGUCAGGUACUUCUGAUGGUUCGACUGAUGCACACGCCAUCGACAGAGAUGAUUCUGACUUUUUCGACGAUGAUGUGGAAGAGAUGGAAAUGGAGAUGGAGAUUGAGAUGUUAGUCGCUGCUGAAGAAGAGGUAAGGUUUCGUGAAGAGGUGCCACCUAUAUCAAGUUUAAACUUGAGACUACAGCAUCAAGGGGAGACUGCAAGAAAGGGAACUUCUCAGAUGAAAACUCUGCCUUGUUUGACUGGCAACUCUUACCCCCAGGUUGAAGUUGCAGUGGACAUGCAACAGCGUUAUGUGGGGCAUUGUAAUACUGGCACAGAUAUCAAGCAAGCGAGCUUUCUUGGCGAAAAAGGGGAAUUUGUGGCGAGUGGUAGUGAUGAUGGACGCUGGUUCAUAUGGUCGAAGGAGACUGGGAGGUUGAUCAAAAUGCUGAAUGGCGAUGAGAAUGUUGUUAAUUGUGUUCAGAGCCAUCCAUUCGAUUGUGCUAUCGCCACCAGCGGCAUUGACAACACAAUCAAGCUUUGGACUCCAUGUGCAAGGGUCCCAUCAGUGGUGGCCGGAGGAGAACACGGUCCUGAUACGGCAGAUUCUCUGCAAGUUAUGAAUGAUAAUCAAAGUCAGAUGACAAGGCAUCGAGAAAUUGGAUUGCCAGUGGAGUUUCUUCAACGGUUCAGAGUGCAGGAGGGAGCAGUGGGUGCUGGUCACCCUUUCCAAUGCACGCAGAGUUGAUGGCGACCAUGACAGAUAUCUGCUCUUGCUGAAGAUCCUCGCCUGACCCCAAUUGCGAAUUCUCUCAGUCGGUGGUGAUUUUAGUGGGCUAGUUGAUUCUAGCUUAGUUGGAGCAUUAUGACGGUACGAGCAAGUGUAAAUACGAGCCACUCUGCUUUGUUUUGAAACCCUGUAAUAUAUCUCUCAAGAUAUUGUAUAAAUGGUUUAAAGCUUCAACUUUCCUUCAGUUGUA